UUUUUUUUUUUUUUUUAUCUGUUUUAUACCAGUUGUAUUUGAGUAUGUAUCGACUUUCAGCACUUUCUCGUGCUACAAAACCAUUUUUAAAAAAGAAUUUAGCAUCGUUGAAUUAUCAAAAGACAUGUCUUCCACCUACUUUUAUUUCUUCUACACAGCAAUCACGCCAUGUUUCAAGUCAUUCCUCCUCCCCACCAUCUGUCAAUGAAGGUUUCUUGCAGGGUAAUUCUGCUAAUUAUGUUGAGGAAAUGUAUGAGGCUUGGUUAAAAGAUCCAACUUCAGUUCAUUUAUCAUGGCAAAUCUAUUUUAAGAAUAUUGCUAACGGUGUUCCUCCUGAUAAAGCCUACGUACCCCCACCUACUAUCAUGAUGAUGCCCUCUGAUAGUGCUCGUUUACCUGAUUUACCCACUGGCAUUACAAAUGCCGCAGACGGAUCAUCAAAGCGUGUUAUUGAGCAUAUGAAAAUUCAAUUGCUUGUUCGUGCUUAUCAAGUCCGUGGACAUCAUUUAGCUCACCUUGAUCCUUUACAUAUUCAACACGCAAGUAUUGAAAACUCGCACCCUCCUGAAUUAACAUAUCAAUAUUAUGGCUUUAAGGAACAAGAUUUGGAUCGUAAAUUUACUUUAGGGCCUGGUAUCUUGCCUGCUUUAGGCGAAACAGAAAAAGAAUUAACUCUACGUGAGAUCAUUGAAGCCCUAAAAAAAAUGUAUUGCGGAUCCAUUGGUAUUGAAUAUAUUCAUAUCCCUGAUCGUGAACAAUGUAAUUGGAUUCGUUCUCGUAUUGAGAAGCCUGAACCCUAUAAAUAUUCCAAUGAAGAAAAAAAAGUUAUCUUUGAUCGUUUAACUUGGUCUGAUAGCUUUGAACGUUUUGUUGCCUCCAAAUAUCCUUCUGAAAAGAGAUUUGGUCUAGAAGGUGGUGAAAGUCUUAUUCCUGGUAUGAAGGCGUUAAUCGAUAGAUCAGUCGAUUUAGGUGUAGAAUCAAUUGUAAUCGGUAUGCCACAUCGAGGCCGUUUGAACGUUCUCUCAAAUGUGGUUCGUAAGCCAAAUGAAUCCAUUUUUUGUGAAUUCAGUGGCUCUCUUGAGCCUUCUGAUGAAGGUUCAGGUGAUGUAAAAUAUCAUCUGGGUAUGAAUUAUGUACGUCCUACACCUUCUGGUAAACGCGUUCAUCUUUCAUUAGUAGCCAACCCAUCUCACCUUGAAGCGGUGAACCCUGUUGUGUUGGGGAAAACAAAGGCGCUUCAGUUCUAUGGUUGUGAUCCAGAAGGUAAACAUGCUAUGGCGAUCUUAAUGCAUGGUGAUGCUGCUAUGGCAGGGCAAGGUAUUGUAUAUGAAACCAUGGGAUUCUAUGAUCUACCGUCGUAUUCUACAGGUGGCACGAUUCAUAUCGUUGUCAAUAAUCAAAUUGGUUUUACAACCGAUCCCCGUUAUGGUCGUUCAACACCGUAUUGUACAGAUAUAGCAAAGUCAAUUAAUGCCCCCGUAUUCCAUGUAAACGGAGAUGAUGUGGAAGCAGUGACAUUUGUGAUGCAAUUAGCUGCUGAUUGGAGACAGACAUUCCAUCGUGAUUGUGUUAUUGAUUUAGUUUGUUAUCGAAAGCAUGGCCAUAAUGAAACGGAUCAACCCAUGUUUACUCAACCCUUAAUGUAUCAAGCUAUUUCAAAGAUGAAGCCUGUUGCAGAGCAGUAUGCAGAAUCUCUUAAAGCAGAAGGGGUCUUUACGAAUGAACAGAUAGAAAGAGAAAAGCAGCGUGUAUGGAAUAUUUUGGAAGAAAAGUAUGCUGCAAGUAAAGAUUAUAAGCCUAGUUCACAAGAAUGGUUAACGAGUACUUGGCCAGGUUUCAAGUCUCCAAAGGAAUUGGCUGAGGAAAUUUUACCUCAUUAUCCUACAGGUGUUUCAAGUGAAGUACUUGAACAAGUAGGUAAGGCCAUGACGACUUUACCUCAAAAUUUCAAUGUCCAUCGUAACCUGAAUCGUAUCCUUCAACAACGUGCUAAAAGCUUGGAGAGUGGUAAAGACAUCGAUUGGGCCACCGCAGAGGGUCUUGCCUGGGGGUCCCUUUUACUCGAAGGGAAACACGUUCGUGUCUCUGGUCAAGAUGUGGAGCGAGGCACCUUCUCACAACGUCAUGCUGUGCUACAUGACCAAAAGACCGAUAGCCGUACCGUACUUUUAAACAACAUCAGUCCAGAACAAGGCAAGCUUCUGAUCACGAAUUCAUCCUUAUCGGAAUAUGGUGUUUUAGGCUUUGAAUUAGGUUAUUCACUUGUUGAUCCGAAUGCAUUGAUUAUCUGGGAAGCUCAAUUUGGUGAUUUUGCUAAUACUGCACAAGUGAUCAUUGAUCAAUUCCUUGCUGCUGGAGAACAAAAGUGGCUUCAACGUACGGGUCUAGUUCUUUCAUUACCCCAUGGUUAUGACGGACAGGGCCCCGAGCAUUCCUCUGCUCGACUUGAACGUUAUCUUCAAUUGUGUGAUGAAAACCCUUCUGUCUUCCCAUCUCCUGAAAAGCUUCAACGACAGCAUCAAGACUGUAAUAUGCAAGUCGUCUAUCCAUCUACACCAGCUCAAUACUUCCAUGUCCUUCGUCGUCAAAUCUGUCGUCAAUUCCGAAAGCCACUCAUCUUACCAUUCUCUAAAUCUAUGCUGAGACAUCCUUUAGUUCGUUCUUCACUUUCAGAAAUGACAGGACCUAAUACUUCCUUCCAACUUUAUUUACCUGAACCUCAUCCUGAAGAUGUCUUGGUCAGUCCAGAGAAGAUCAAGAAGCAUAUAUUCUGUAGUGGACAAGUCUACUAUGCACUUUUGAAAGCGCGUGAUCAAAAUAAGAUGAAUGAUAUCGCUAUCUCACGUAUUGAGCAAUUGAAUCCAUUCCCCUUCCAACAAAUUAAGGAACAUGCUGAUAAAUACCCUAAUGCGGAUAUCCUUUGGUGUCAGGAGGAACCCUUGAAUAUGGGAUGUUGGUAUCAUGUACAACCACGUUUGACAACCGCUUUAAGUCAAACAGAAUAUCAUACGGGUAAAUCGCCCUCUUAUGCCGGUCGACCUCCCUCUGCUUCCGUUGCGACAGGUAAUAAAAAGCAGCAUUAUAAAGAAGAACAUGCUUUCCUAAGUCAAGCUUUGAUUGGACAUGUUACUGAGCCGAGAAGUAUUGAAAAUGGUAUUCCUGUUUGGUAAUUUGCUUUUUUAAAUAUAC